AAAAUGUUGUGGAUAUUCACAGGAAUAUUUGUCGGCUCGGCUGUCGCUGUUGAAGUACCUUUCGGUCGUGAACGAUGAAAAGAAAAAGGGCAACGGCGGACCUAGUUGUAAAUAAAGCUAGGACCAACAGCACCGCCUGUACUAGUUCAUCAAGUACACAACGAAAGCGGAAAGUAUUUUCCCUAAGAACUCAGAAUGGAUGUUGCUAUGCCUAUUCUCACUGUCUCCGUGAAAAAAAUCAGGACGGCUUUGCUCUUCCUCGAUGUUUAUUAUGACCGUUCACGAAGUUAUUUUUUUCAUCCAUACCACCGAUCCAUAAUUGUAAUUCAUUUCAUUGUACGGAAGUGUAAGUGUUUUGACUUUGAGAGAAUGAAUUGAAGUAGACGAUGCUUGUCGUGCUUUUUACCACAUAUUAGUAGCAUCAGCAUCUUCAGGAUCACCAGUCUCCCACUCCUGCAUCGUCCACCAUGGUGGAUCACGCUUCGUAUUCUAUGCGGGGGAACAACAGUCCUCAGAUGGCCCCACAACCCUCCUCGAAGGGUAGCGGCAAGAGUGGCGGGCAACCGGGCUCCUCUCGACGGCGGAAUUCGCGACAGCAGAUGUUAAACGCCGCGGGCGAGCCCGCGUUAGACGACCGCGAGUUCGAGGAGUACAGCAAGCUAGCUUCCGAGGGAAUGCUGGAGUCCCAAUACUUGUCCGUCAGCCUGCCUCCAAAUUCCCCGACCUACGGCGGCACGCAAUUGCAGUCCAACGACCCUGCUAUCCCUCCCGAGAGUCUCUACGUGCCACCGGUGCCCGAGCGCGACUACCAAAUGCUGACGACUAUGAGCGACCGAUUCAAGUACAAUUUCAAAACCCGGUGGGUAUGGUUCGUCCUCGCGGCCGUUGUUUUCAUUCUGGGCGUGGUCACGCAAAGCUACCCGUUUUUCCUCUCCGGCUACAAUGUGUACUUCUGGGCGGACGCGAGCCGCGGGGCGAUGCUGAUCGUUCUGCCGCUCUGUUGGUUCCUCAUUCUCGGCUUCAUCCGGCCCUUCGCGGGGUAUACGGACCGGGAGUUGAUCAUGCGCGGCUACGACAUCACGUCUGCGGAAGGGAAACGGGAUUUGGCAAAGUACCGGAAGGUCGACCUGGUACAAACCCCGAUUCGCACCUCCGCGGCGGAGCAGCAGCAAGCCUUCUACUACCAAUCGCGUGCCACCGUACCGCGACUCGACGAAGAUGAGGAUUUGCUGAGAAAAGAGAAGUUGUACAAGAAAGACCUCCUCGCCCGGGACCGCAGCUGCUGUUGCCGUUUGUGCUGCCCGGUGUGCAGCUUCUUGGAUUGCUGCGUCUCCUGCCCGAAAUUUACGGUGUUUGUCUACACAGCUCUCACCGUUUUUUUCAUGAUUUGGUCCUUGUCCGCCAACAUUGCCUGGGCCUCCGGCGGCCACCGCGCGGACGGGGCGCAGGGGGGACUGAAGGAUCUUUUGAACUCCACCGCGAGUCCCAUGGCGGUGACGUGGUUUGCGAACAUGCAGAUGGACGGCUCGGCGGAGGGCCGGUGGUACAGCAACGACGAAGUCGCGGGCAAACCCUACGACCCGGCGGCGGUCCAGCAGGACCCGUCUAAACCCGCCUGGCUGUCGCAGGCGGAUCCGACAGCGAGCUACAACUACGCCAACUACACUGCGGGGGAGUUGAUCGAGAUUCACCGAAGGAACAACUGGGUGCCGCGGAAAAUCUGGCUGUACUGGAACCAGGGCUGGGACAAGCUGAACGAGACGCAGUACUUCAUCCGGCUGUGUGUCGCGAAGUUGGAGCAUCUGCACCCGGAAGUGAAGGUAUCAACUGUAAAAAUGUCUGGGUCUGGAAGAAUUCAUGUUUGUCAUGCUUGUCUGGCAUGACUCUUAGAUCUGUCAUGCACGUUACCCAAGAGCUCCGUUUUUCUGUGAUGCAGAAGCGCAGCUUGUCAUGCAGAAUAGGCAACACCUAGGAGCUCAGAAACUUGUCAUGCUGAGCCAGCAUUUGUAGCGUCAUCAUGAGACGCCACCCAGCAUCACAAGUUUCCAGACCCAGACACUUUUACUUUUGAUAGAAGGGGUGGAAAGUCAACAAAAUCGACGCCGCCUGGAUGGCCGCGAACUUUUCCCCGGACGAGUACGGCGUGGCGAUGCGGCCCGCGACCGAGUACCAGCAGCUGCCGCCCACGCCGCCCUGCGAGGAGACCGACGUGGACGCCCCGGGGAAACCGAACUAUUCGAAUCAGCACAAAGGGGACCGGGCGCGGGUCGCUGUGUUGCAGCGCUACGGUGGCGUCUACCUCGAUGUCACCACCAUUCUCAACAACGAUCUGAAGGAAUAUGAGGUACUGGUACAACGUGAGGGUCUUGUUGGACAAGCAUCAGUUUGCUCGCUUAACUCAUUCACCUCGCAAUGUGAAUCGAUAAGCCGUGAAGUAGUUUGAGAAGUGCUUUCCGGGCUCUUUCUAUGUAGGCCGUGUAAUAUCGCAUUGAGUUGAAAUAUUUUUGAACCGAAUCGAUACAGCUCUUCACAAAAAAUAAAAAUGAAACACACAACCAUUAUUCAGGUGGAGAAUCUUGCCCCGUCCCGGUUGCCGCUUUCCAUUCACGACGGGGGCAAGUUGGAUUACCAAGGGUCCGGUCAGACGCACAUCACCAUGCACCACAUCAUUGAGAAUGCCGAUCGCGGGCUCCGUCCGUUCGUUUCGCAGCCGGAGAACUGGUUCAUCGCGGCGCCGCCGCAGAGCUACUACUUGACCCUCUGGCACAGCGAGUUGUACUACGCGUUCUGGAAGCCGCUGCCGGAUGGUACGAAGGACUUGGACCUGAUGCACGCGCGGUACAUGAACCGGGUGCGGGAGCGGCACUGCGAGAACACGGCGCUGAACGCCGUCCAUCCGGAGGAGUACCUGAAGGCGUACUACGCCAGCUACCUGCUGUUCUGCGUGAACGGGCCGGAAAACAACAAACGACAAUUGAACUUCCAGUACACGCUGCACCGGGCAAAUAUGAUGAUCUACUGGUUCGUCGGGGUGACGACUGGGUGGGUUUUGUACGACGACCAGUCCUUCUACUGGUUGUCCGCCCUGGUGAACUACAUCAUGCCGGCACUGGGCGGUUUUUUCGAGUACCCGAACCCCUGGGCCUGGUUCUAUUUGAACACGCAGUACGAGCAGCCCCGCACCUUCGACCUGGUGAAAAUCACCGGCAAGCACCCGAUAUGAAUUGCAAAAGUAUCGUACUCGUAUGCAUUACAAAUUAGCCCAGCAUUGCAAAUUAGCCCAGCAUUACAAAUUGAAUUUGUAAUGCUGAUUUGGCUUGAGAAAGAGAUUUGUAAUGCAUAAAUGCAAUUUACUACGAGUGCGAUACUUUUGCAGUUCAUACCCGAAGACCGGCCAGAGCUUUUCCGGCUGCAUCAACGAGCGGCUGGCGGACGGAAACUUCAACGGGUUGCUCUACCGGCAACUGAUCCGGCCGCUGAAAAGAGGGCACAAGUACGUCACGAGCCAAGCGGAGAUCGACGCGAUGCAGGCCCGGAAGGACUUGGCGAUCCAGGUAGAACAAAUGUUCAAGAAUCCGGAGCCGAACUGCGGCGGAGGCAGCUGCGAAUAAACUUAUUCUUCUUGUUUUGGCCAAAAGCAAAAAAUAAAAAUGUUCAACAUCUACGAGUACGAGUUCAACAUCUACGAGUUGUAUCUGACGAGUAUAGGUUUGCGGAAUUUGACUAUUGUACAAUGAGAAUGGUGAUGAAAAUCUUUGUCUUUGAGUGAUAAACUUACUAAAGCCUCACUACUUUUUAGGGAGUCUAGACUUCCUUGGAUAUUUUCCUACGCCGAUUUGGAUAUGCAAAAGUAGACCCUGAAGAAGACAUAGUGCACAGAAUGCGCCGCAUGCUAUUGCUUUUGCUUCUACGCGACAAAGAGGCUGAGCUCUACGUUUUCCUUAUUCGUUAUUUAUUUUCAUCUUUGACAUCUUGUUUGUUUUUGCCAAUGGUAUUCACCGGCCACUCGUGGUUGCGAGUCGCUCAGCACUGCGCUGGUAGCCAGCACCAUCAUAAAAGAUACACAUACAACAUACAUUCAUCAAAGUUAACUCCACGACAAUUAACGACAUCCACUUGAAUGGGGAAAAUUUUUGGUUUCACCCGGAUCCGCACCAGUGUGCUUUUAUACCGACAAGGUUGGGUCCUCGUUGGGCACGUCCUGGUUGAGCUGCUCUACUUUCUCACACAAACUCCAAGGGGCUGGUAUUCAAGGGGAAAGCCAGGGGGGAGGUCCUGGGCCUGGCUGCUUUCCCCUUCUACCAUUUGGGGACCGACCCAGACACGUCGAGUAGAACUUUCGUAGACCUUUUUUCCUGGUUCUUGGAGGU